AUGGAUGACUAUGAUAUCCGAUCCGCAGCGAGCAUCCUGGCCUCUGUCAAAGAGCAGGAGGCUCGCUUUGAGCGGCUCACCCGAGCCCUGGAAGAAGAACGCCGCAACGUCUCCCUGCAACUUGAGCGGGCCAACCAGCCCUCGGAUCGCAUAAACGUCUGCAACAUUGGCAGUGGGCAGCCCCUAGCGACUGCUUGGCAGCAGCUGGUUCUGCAGGAGCAAAGCCCCAGCAACCAGACCUCUAUAGCAAUGAUGCAGGAGCCCCAAGAGAAGGUAGAGGAGACGGUGACCGUCGAAGAAGACCCUGGUACCCCCACGUCUCAUGUUUCUAUUGUGACUUCAGAAGAUGGGACCACCAGAAGGACGGAGACAAAGGUAACCAAGAUGGUCAAGACCGUCACAACUAGAACGGUGCGCCAAGUUCCCCUUGGUCCUGAUGGCCUCCCAACGAUGGACGGAUCCUCCCCCAUGGGUAGCUACACUGACUCCAUAGACAGAAGGCAGGUCAAGAACGGAGAACGGUACAUCACCCCCCAGGCAUCGUCCACUCUGAACCGAGCUUACAACAGCUACAACGAUUCCUACCCGGAGAGUCACGAUGGCCAGUAUCGUUCCUUCGUAAGCCACAACGGUUACGGCGACCUGCCGGACAAUUAUGGAAGCUUGUCCCGGAGUGUCAAUUACCGCCCGCAUUACGGCUACGUACCGGGGAACAAUUACCGGCCCGAGGAUGGUAGCUUCACUUUGCCAAGCAGGAGGGAUAACUAUGGACCUCUGGCCCAGCCUCAGGUGCCGACGGGCAGCAACGCGGACCUGAACCGCUCCCAGCCGGAACGGUUCCAACCGGAGCCGUACGGGCUGGAGGAUGAUAACCGCAGCCUCGGAAUUGACGACGAAGGUUAUGAACUCGAUCCAGAGUACUCGACGGUGAAUCGGAGAACGUCGGCUGGGAUGCCCGAGAGAGGGAGGCCUCACAAGGGAAGCAGGAGCUAUGAGGAUCCGAUUGAGAGCGAAAUCGUCAAUGAGAGGAUUCCCUACUUGCAUGGCAGCUACGCAGCACCUUUGGCACAACCCGAAAGGGGUAGCAUGGCCAGCAUCGACCGCCUGGGCAAGCGCUCCCCCUCCAUUGACAGCAUCCGCAAAGACCCCCGGUGGCGAGACCCGGAUCUGCCCGAGGUCAUCGCCAUGCUCAGCCAUCCCAUCGAUCCCGUGAAAUCCAAUGCAGCUGCCUACCUCCAGCAUCUCUGCUAUGAGAACGAUAAGAUCAAGAAGGACGUGAGGCAUCUCAAGGGCAUCCCCAUCCUGGUGGGUCUGCUGGAUCAUCCCAAGCCUGAGGUCCACCGCAAAGCAUGUGGGGCCCUCCGGAACAUAUCCUAUGGGAAGGAUAACGAGAACAAAGUGGCCAUCAAGAACUGUGAUGGGAUCCCAGCUUUGAUCCGGUUGUUGCGCAAGACGAAUGAUAUGGAAGUACGAGAACUCAUUACAGGCACCCUCUGGAACCUGUCAUCUUACGAACCCCUCAAAAUGGUCAUCAUUAACCACGGUCUCCAGACCCUGACCAACGAAGUGAUUAUCCCUCAUUCGGGGUGGGAGAAUGAGCCGAACGAAGAUUCGAAGCCUCGAGACGCGGAAUGGAGUACCGUCUUCAAGAAUACGUCGGGGUGCCUGAGGAAUGUAAGUUCAGAUGGCGCUGAAGCACGUCGGAGACUCCGGGAAUGUGAAGUGGUAGAUGCUCUUCUCCAUGCUUUGCAGUCGGCCGUUGGCAAAAAAGACACGGAUAACAGGUCGGUGGAGAAUUGUGUCUGCAUCAUGAGGAAUCUCUCCUACCACGUCCACAAAGAAAUUCCGGGCGCCGAUAAGUUCCGGGAAUUAGAAAAUAACCAGCUGGGAAGUUUUGGAGGAACUCAUAAGAAAAAGAAAGACGACGCGGGCUGCUUCGGUGGGAAAAAAGCCAAAGGAAAGAAGAACGGGGAUGUCGACCGGAACUUCGAUACACUGGUACCUAAGCGAUCCGAAUCAGCAAAAGGCUUUGAAUUGCUUUACCAGCCGGAGGUUGUGCGGCUUUACCUUUCCAUCCUCACCGAAAGCCAGAAUUUCAAUACUUUGGAGGCAGCAGCCGGCGCGCUGCAGAAUCUCAGUGCCGGAAACUGGACAUGGUCUACAUACAUCCGGGCAACGGUACGAAAGGAACGAGGACUUCCCGUCCUGGUGGAGCUCCUCCAGUCGGAUUCGGAUAAGGUGGUGAGGGCGGUAUCCAUAGCCCUGAGAAAUCUCUCCAUGGAUCGCCGUAACAAGGAUCUCAUAGGUAGCUACGCCAUGGGAGAACUGGUAAGAAAUCUGCCAAGCCGACAACAGCGAUCGUCCAAAAACCUUGAAGAGGACACAAUAGUUGCGGUCCUGAACACUAUCCACGAAAUCAUUACCGACAGUUCUGAAAAUGCCAGGUCCCUGAUCCAGACACAAGGCAUUCAGAAGCUGGUUGCUAUCAGCAAAUCCAGCCAGUCCUCCAGAGAGACGAAAGCAGCUUCUCACGUGCUUCAAAUGACCUGGAGCUACAAAGAGUUAAGGAAUGCUUUGCAGAAGGAAGGCUGGAAUAAAUCUCAUUUCCAGACUGCCUCCGCAACAAUGAAGGGAUCCAAAAGUACCUCUUGUAAAUCUGGAUAUGAUGAUAGCACUUUGCCGCUGGUGGAUAAAAGCCAAGAUAACGAGAAGACCGGAAGCCGGGAUAUGAUUCCAAUGGAUGAGCUUGGACCAGAUGGCUACUCCACCAUCGAUCACCGGGACAAGGAGCGGAAAUACAAAACCAACGACCACAUGGGAGACGCAUCGGAGAAAGAACCCCUAAAAAAUGACACAAAUAGGAAAACGCUUGCUAGGAGCAACAGGCCUUCGGUGACUCUGGUGGACACACGAGAUACUAAGCCCCAGCCUGUUGACUCCUGGGUCUAACA